GCGACUGAGUUCUGUCAGUUCAGUCAGUAGUAAACCGACGUGCCGGCUGCAAGUUUAUUCGAACGUUUGUUAUCGAACUGCAACAGCUUUGAGGGUCUAUCUUCGUUGAGAUCACGAGAAAUAUAUAUUUAGAAGAAAAAUGACUUCGUUAAAUGAAAAAUUAUUAAGCACUGUCGUGGAGCCCACUUCGAAUGGAAAAAACAAAGUUACUGUUGUGGGUGUCGGCCAGGUCGGAAUGGCAUGUGCCUUCAGUAUUUUGACAAAUAACGUGUCGAACGAUCUUGUGCUCGUCGAUGUGAUGGCGGACAAGCUAAAAGGAGAAAUGAUGGAUCUGCAACAUGGUAGUGCGUUUUUGAAGAACGCAAGGAUCAACGCCAGUACGGAUUACGCGGCUACAGCGAAUUCAACUCUAUGUAUCGUGACUGCAGGUGCUCGUCAACGCGAAGGCGAGAGCAGGCUCGAUCUGGUUCAAAGGAAUACCGAUAUCUUUAAAGGGAUCAUUCCUCAGCUGGUCAAAUAUAGUCCAAAUACGAUCUUAUUGAUUGUAUCUAAUCCCGUUGACAUAUUGACUUACGUUGCAUGGAAACUAUCCGGUUUGCCGCAGAAUCGCGUUAUUGGUAGCGGCACCAAUUUGGAUUCCACGCGUUUUCGCUUCCUACUUUCUCAAAAACUCAACGUAGCGCCGACCUCUUGUCAUGCUUGGGUAAUAGGAGAACAUGGCGACAGUAGCGUACCGCUUUGGUCUAGCGUGAACGUCGCGGGUGUACGUUUUCGCGAUCUUAAACCUAACAUCGGUACAAGCAAAGACGAAGAACAUUGGGGUGAAUUGCAUAAACAAGUCGUCGAAAGUGCAUACGAGGUUAUCAAGCUCAAAGGUUAUACUUCCUGGGCAAUUGGACUUAACGUAUCGAGUCUCGCAGCAACGAUACUGCGAAACACUUAUCAAGUUCAUGCCGUUACCGUCAAACUUACCGGUCAUCAUGGUAUUACCGAGGACGUUUUCUUAUCUCUACCAUCUAUAUUGGGUGAAAACGGUGUCACGUCAAUCGUUAAUCAAAUAUUGACGAAUGAAGAACGGGAGCUACUUCAAAAAUCAGCCAAUACAAUACAUGACAUCCAGAAAAAUCUGAAGCUUUAAAAUGAAAGUAAUGCGUUCUACUUUGCAUUUUUGUUUGCCUCUUAUAUGUCGUGUGUGUGUUCAAUGUAUAUUUAUUUUGUUUAAACUUUCAUUAUUCUUAAGCAACAGUGAUAUCGGUGAUUGCUUCCAGUUUUUUACUUAUAUCAUAUAGUUGCAUUUAUUUCGACGAAAUUAUUAUUAUUAUUAUUAUUAUUAUUAACUUAAUUCGGACGGAAAUUAUAGUUAUUUUACAAUAAUUAAUUACUUAGUGGAUUUUAUUUUCGAUGAAUGCUAAAGAUACUAAUUGUAUUAUUUAUUUUAUAUCUACUUAAAGUUGUGUUCAAGAAAAUUUUUUUAAUUUCAUGACAAGCAUAUACAGAUGUGGCAAUUUAUUUAUUUUUUUGAAGAUGUUAGAAAAUUCGAAUACGAGUUUCAGUAUUAAUAAUGUAGUUUAAUUAGCAUUGAUGUCGUGAUAUGAGUAUUAUCAUACUACUUUUCUCAGUGAAAUAUAGCUAAACCUAAAUUUAUUAUUAUGACAUAAAUCAUGACAUAAAGAUAAUUGCGCACAUGAAAUGAUGCGAAGUAUAUUGACCUGGGAACGUAAACGUAUCACAUAUUUUACAACUAAACUAUGAAUUAUCAUGAUACUUCCGCUCCUUGCGCUUUCAUGGAUCUUUUUUUUAUAAAUCUAAUAUAACAUAAUUGUAAUAAAUGUUUCCUAAUUAUUUAAUAUAUAAGAAUUAAACAAAUAUUUUAUUUCAAA